UCUCUCUCUCUCUCUAAAACCGCUUUCUUCUUCUCAGCAUUCGAUCGAGCAAUUGCCAGUCGAAUCCAUCGCCAACCCUCGCAAUCUGCUCCGUCUUCUCCCCCUCUCUCGCUCAUCGAUCGCCACCGACCGCGCUCUUCCCCUCCGUCGAACGAUGGACGAGCCGGCUCUGCGGCUCGUCGCCGACGUCGGCGCCCAGAUUCUCCGGCAGUCGCGCCCGAACAAGGAUUUUCUGGUCAAAUCUCUCCGUAAAGCUGCAAGUGCAUUGUCCCAAAUAGAGCAACCUUCAGUGCUUGAGGCUGCUCGGCAGGUAGAAGCCACCAAAAAGGUUCAAGAUUCCUUAAAGCCUUUAAGGGAGACAAUAGUGAAGCAUUCUCUCGCUCGGCAUAAAGACAGGGAUGUUAGGCUUCUUGUCUCCAUAUGUGCAAGUGAAAUCUUUCGAGUCAUGGCCCCUGAGCCACCUUUUGAAGACAAGUAUAUUCCAGACAUCUUUAAACUCAUUGCUAGCAUGUUCGAGGAGCUGGCUGACACAGAGAGCCCGUACUUUUCGAAGAGGGUUAAAAUUCUAGAGACCGUUGCACGUUGUAAAUGCUGGGUGGUAAUGUUGGAUAGCGAGUGUAGUGAUCUUAUUCUUGAAAUGUUCAAUGUCCUCUUCUCCACUGUGAGAGAAAAACAUGAAAAGAGUUUGAUUAAUGAUAUCAUGUCGAUAUUGACACAUAUCAUCGAUGAGGAAGCUUCUGAGCAGCUCUUGGAAGUGAUACUGCGAAAUCUUUUGAAAGAGGAAAAGGGUGUACCAUCUGCUUCUUCUCAGCUUGCCGUCUCUGUCCUGCAAACUUGUUGCCAGAAGCUUGAACCCUUCGUUCGUGGUUUUUUAACAUCCUGCAUCAUGGAGAGAGAUGCUGAAGGGAGUGAGCUUAGAGAGACUUACCAUAAAAUAAUAUUUAAAAUAUUCAUCUUCACUCCUCACAUGCUUUUUGAUGUCAUCCCAAACCUGACACAAGAGUUACUGACUGAUCAAGUCGAUGUUCGAAUAAAAGCUGUAAGUUUGAUUGGGAAAAUCUUUGCUGUGCCUGGAUGCCGAGCUGCGCAGAAUUAUCACGAUCUUUUUGUAGAGUUUUUGAACAGAUUCUCUGAUAAAUCUGUGGAAGUUAGAGUUACAGCUUUGCAAUGCGUAAAAGAUUUCUGUACAGCCAACCCCACUGGGGCUGAAUUACAAGAAGUUCUUUCUGCACUUGAGGGCCGACUAUUGGAUAUAGAUGAUAGAGUGAGGAUACAGGCCGUGGCAGCUAUCUGUGAUCUGGCCAAAUGUAAUUUAAAGUUCAUUCCACUCACACUGAUAUCUCAAGCAGCUGAAAGACUUAGAGAUAAGAAGAUAUCUGUGAGGAAGAAGGCCUUGCAGAAGUUGAUGGAAGUGUAUAGGAGUUAUUGCAGCAAGUGUGCUCAAGGCAACAUGACCAUAGUUGACCACUUUGAACGGAUUCCAUGCAAUAUAUUGACGCUUUCCUAUGAUAGAGAUUGUAAGGAAUUCAGGUCCCAAAACAUGGAGCUUCUACUUGCCGAAGAUUUAUUUCCUGAUAUUUCUUUAAUGGAGAGAACAAUGCAUUGGGUGCACAUGUUUUCUCUGUUCACAUCUCUGCAUGUCAAGGCGUUGGAUGCUAUAUUGUCUCAGAAAUGGAGGUUGCAGUCUGAGCUAAGAAAUUUUUUGGCUCUAAGAAAGAAAGAGAAGGAGACCUGUUCGGAUGAACUGGCAAAGAAAAUCAAAGCAUCAUUUGAGAGAAUGUCUGCAUCAUUUCCAGAUCCCGCCAAAGCAGAGGAGUGCUUUUACAAGCUAGACCAGAUGAAGGAUAAUUAUAUUUUUAACUCGCUUGCUCAGCUAUUGGAUGAAGCAUCAAUUAUAAAAGCUCAACAUGCCCGAGAAAAUUUUGUGAAAAAGAUCAGGGAUAGACAUCCACAUGUCGAUUUUUUGCAUUUACUGAGUGCCAAGUGCAUCUUCAGCAUAUUCAGCUCAGAACAUGCAGAAAAUGUACUAGAUUAUCUUUCCAGUGGGAGAUUUGGAGGCAGACAUUUGGAGGUUUCUUCGAUCAAACUACUUAUGGCUAUUGUUCGUUACUGCCCCUCCCUCCUCAAAGGUUCAGAAGCGAAGCUCUGUUCAUUAUUAGAGAGAAAUGAGCCCUAUCGUGAUCAACUGACCGAAGUCUUAGCUAUAGCAGGCAGCCACAUUUUUGUCAAACUCAGUGAUAUUUACCCAAUGUUGGAGCAAAUGUGCCUUGAGGGUACUCGUGCUCAAUCGAAAGUUGCUGUUUCCGCAAUUGCUGCUGUCAUGGGCAGUUCGGAGCAAUAUAUCUUUUCAGAACUAACCAAGAGACUGGUGGAUUCAUUGCAUAGUGGGAAGAAUCUACCCACUGUCUUGCAAUCUUUGGGAUGUCUUGCACAACAUUCAACUGCCACCUUCGAAGAUCUAGAUGGAGAGAUUACUCCACUUAUACUAGAGAAAACUUUUGAGAUGAAUUUGCUGGACGGUUCAACUUCUGGGGAUGAGACAUCUGGUUGUAGCAAUUCCUGCAAAUUGAGGAUUUAUUGCCUGAAAACUCUAGUAAAAAGCUUUUUGCCUCAUCGUGGCAGUCAAGUGAGGAGAAAUAUUGACCAUUUGUUGAGCUUGUUGGUAAAAAUGUUGCAAGAAGGAAAAAUUUCUGAUUCUGUCCUUUCCAGUGGAAACGACUCUUCUCAUAUAAGACUGGCUGCAGCAAAAUCUGUUCUUAGGCUUUCGAAGAGAUGGGAUUUACACAUAUCUCCAGAAAUAUUUCACUUUACAAUCUUAACUGCAAAGGAUCCUUCUUCCUUGGUCAGGAGAAUUUUCAUAGAUAAAACACGUAAACUACUAAGGGAGCGCGGUAUUCCAAAUAGAUACGCAUGUGCUUUUGCAUUGGCCACUUCUGAUUGCGUCACAGAUAUAAAAGAUGAUUCUUUCAAAUAUAUGGGAGAGUUUGUUAAGGAUCAUGCCAGGGAAGCUUGUGGUCACCAGAAAUCUUCUGUGCGAGGAUGUUCGAUCACUGAUUUGCCAGUUUACAUAUUGGUAUUCUUAAUUCAUGUUAUUGCGCAUGACGAAGAUUUCCCUCCUGAAAAAUAUCAGGACGAACACAUAUUCUGUCACUUUUGCAGCCCUCUUUUUCACCUCAUACAGGCUUUAGUAAACCCGGAGAAUGUCAAUGGUGAUUUGGUUCUCAUUGCUGACACUUUCUCGCAAUUGUUUAGUAUAUUUAGAGGGAUUAGAAAAGCUGAGGAUGCUGUUGAUGCUCAUAAAUCUCCUAGACUGCACAUUCUGUCAGAGAUUGGAAGUGCCUUUACAAGUUCGUUAAACCAGGGCAGUAUGUCCUCAUCACAUUCCCCUGGGGUUGUAUUACUGCCAUCAUCAGUUUAUACAGUUAAUACAAAGGGUAUUACUCGCUAUGCUAUCGAAGAAGGACUUGUUGAGAAGAUCAUUGAGCUUUUCAAGAAUAACAUCUCCAAGGUUGCUGGCAGUCUUACUAAAAAUGGUAGAAGGUUUGUUGAGCAUUGUGAACAACCAGAAAACACGAAGGUGAAAAGAUUGAGAAAUGUGUAUGAGCAAGUCAAUUCCUUGACUACUAGAAACUCAAAAAUUCAAAAAGAUACUGCUAGCAAGAUGAGUCUGGGAAUGAAACGAAAGCACGUUCCCUCUCCAGAUGUGGGUUCUGUUUUGUUGGGCGAAGAGUUUCCACCAAUUGUUGAGCAUGGAAAUGAUGGAUUCGAACCAACUGUGGACAAAGAACAGCUUCUAUCUUCUUGUGAUUCUGUAGAUAAAGUUACACUAUUGACAGAGAAAAAAGCGAAGAGUGGGAAGACUAGUAGAAAUAGUACUUCUUUGAAAGAGAAUACCGAGGCAGGUAGUAGUGUCACCACUGAUUCUAAUGCAUCUUCCAGAGCCAAGCUUCGCGAUCCAUCCCGCUUGAAGGAAACUCGGUGUAAUAAAGAGGUGCAAGUUCUGCAGCAAAUUAAAUUGUUCUCUAUAGUUGAUGAAUGAUCGGGAAAUGUUGGAUGGCAGUGAGGAGGAUGAAAUAAUGUGCUUAGAGUGAAACACUGGAGAUAAUCAAGCGUUGGAUGGGCUGCAGAACUCAAAGAGGCAGAAGUUUGGGGCAUCAUGUGAACUCUCGGGUGACAAGGAAAUAGCUCUUGCCCUCUAAUGCUAUAGGCAUAGCAGUUAGUAUAAUCGUUUGGCAAGUGCCAUCCCGGUAAUGUUUGGGGUUCCAUUAAACAUUUUGGUUCUUGUAUAGCGUUUUAUGAUGUCCAGAUAAAAUGUCAUAUAUAAUGCUCGUAUAGAAAUUGAUUGCGUACGGGCUACAUGUGUUUGGAUCCGACUUAUUUGGAAGUCAAAAUUAACCAGAAGUUAGAUUUCACAAGGUGCUUGAAGGAUGUAAUUACAGGAAGUGAGUCUUGAAUCUCUCUUGAUUAUUUACAAAGCCACCCGGUCUAAAAUUAC